UUUUAAAGACAGGAGUAGGUGUUUAAGAUACUUGGCUUGGAUUUUAUACACUUGGCCAUAUUACAGAGCUGUGUUCUGGUUGCCGGUAAUUUAAAACUUUAACUUACAGUGUUUCGGCAUCUGAGGAGUUAAAACAGCUGCAGACAGCCAUCAGUUUAAUAGAUUGGUAAAUAAAUGUACAAGAAAUCUAUGUGAGUGUCAUAUUUUAGAGCUAAACGUGGCUCUUUGACAGACUUAUCAUUGUAUUGAUGUGUGUGCAAAAUGUUCGGACACCCACGAUAACGCCGCCGUGUUUCCUUGUUUUGAUACAUUGUCAUGACAAUGGCAUGAUUCUGACAGUGUCAUUGUGUCGAACAAAUAUUUGUGUGCCUUGCAAAAACAGUAAACCUAAGUGACUUAAACAUCACUAAGGCAAUUGCGGAGCAGACAGCACGGACGCCACCACGGGGUUAACUUCCUCGGCCUUUGCCACCCGGAUGCAGUCACUUUCACCGGCCUGACCGCAUCUGGUGCGCCGAGCCGUUAAAUCCCAUCCUCAUCCCUGCAAAGCCAGACAAACAGCCGAGCCAACCAGCCACGGCUCGCAUUUUCAAGCAGUUAGACCAAUCGUGUUGCUUGGAGGAGUGGAGGGCGGCAACACAUUUUCCCUGCUCCCUACACAGCAUCCUUCUAGCAGACUCCCUCUCGUGUCAAAGAGUGUCAAGAAAAAGAGAAUACAAAGGGAGGGGGGAGGCGACUGGUCCUCGGAGGCCGUUGGCGGAAGCGUGUGGGACUCCACAGAGGCUGCCGGGACGGGUUUACGUCGGCAUGGGACUCCCAUUCUGUGAGAAAAUGGCUGCCUUUCAAUGUAAACAGGCUGUGCGGGGCCCGCGUUGUUAAGGGAGGAGGGGCAUUGACUUCAAUGUCGCCUCUCCCAAUGAGAACCCAAGCAUGCUAUGCACUCCAGCUCUUUUUCAAGUUCGCUUUGGCCAAGGCAUCGUCAUUUCUAGCAUGAAGACAGCUCCAUCAGCAAUGAGACAACAAACACAUGAUAUCUAAAUCACAGUUGGAACAACUGACCAUGGCCCUGCCUGAAACCAAAACGACGUUUCUAGCGCCAUCCGCCGCCGCAGUGCCACUGCCGGCCUCCUCUUCGAGCACACUGAGAGACAACGUCACAUCCACUGCAACGUUCAUGACUGGCACCAUCCCAGCCAACGAGAGCAGCUUCAACAGCACCACAUUCCCGGAGGCGGUGAUGGAGGGCUCGGGAAUGGGAAUGGUGCUCCUGCCCUUUGGCGUCAUCGCCCUCAUCAGCCUGACACUUGCUUUAAUCCUGUAUAUUCGCAAACGGAAACGUCUGGAGAAGCUGAGGCACCAGCUCAUGCCCAUGUACAACUUUGACCCGGCCGAAGAACAAGAUGACCUGCUGGAACAGGAACUAUUGGACCACUGCCGGGAUGGCACACUUGCCGGUCCCAAUGCCAAGUUUUGACAAAGGCAUGAUGAUAAAAGACAAACAUGACUCUCCGAACCUCGCAGGGGACCACACAGAGACCGAGUCGACUGGUCUUCACAGAUGUGGCAAAAGCUCUCAACGCUUAACAACGUGUCAUUUUGUGGACUGCCUUUUUAAUAUUAGGUCUUUGAGGAGGGACGAUAAAAGGGAUUUAAAAAAAUGGACUUGUUUUUUGGGACCGAAACGGUGCUUCUUCGCAAGGGAUUUGAAACUACUUUGUGGGAGAAUGGGUGCAUGCGAUGCAAUGGAGCAUCAUCACAUUCACGGGCUUAUGUCACUCGCCACACAAAUGCAGUCACUUUUGGAAUUGUCGCAAUAUUUCUGUUCUUCCUAGCCUCAUUGUAAUCUCAUGUGUAACACUGGCUGUUGUCAUUCAUCUUUACGGGAACCAUUUUAUGUCUUCCUCGCUGAGCAGUUGAUGACUUGUUCGUUACAUUAAAACUGUUACCUUUCAACAA